AGAAAACAGAAAAAUCACUCAUUUUUCUCAGCAUCUUCAUUUCUGCAAACAUACUUGGAUAAAUUUGAGUAUAUAUCGAGACAAAUCUCAAAUUUUCGUUCACACAGACAGAAAAAUGGCAUUGGGAAAGAAGAGAAUAGUCGCCCAGAAAUCGAAUUUGAAGCAGCGUCGGGGUGUGGAAGAAGAAGGAUUAGGGUUAGAGUUAGAGUUGGUUCAGUACAAGAGAGGGUUUGGGAGGAAGAGGGUUCUCAUUUCAUCAGGUGGCGAGAUUUUUGAUUCAUCUGUCGGAAAAAUAUCAUCCAAGAAGCUCUGCGAUGAAGCUUCGGCUGCAGGUGGUCAAAGUCGAGAGCUUGAAGAUCUUCCGCUAGAUAUUCUGGUGAGAAUUAUCUGUGGGGUCGAGCAUGAAGACUUGAAACAACUGUUUCAUAUUUCAAAGACCGUUAGAGAAGCAACAUUAAUAGCAAAGCAGUCUCAUUUUGCGUAUAGUACACCUCGGAAGACAUCUAUUUGCCACAAUGGCAGAUUCGAUUUUGACAAACCGUUUGGUUUAUGCGAUGUUAAUGAAGAGAUCGAAGCUCCAGGAGCACCAUUGCAGAAAAGGUACAACUUUUCGCGGAUAAACCGCAACGAAGACGAUUCUGGAGUCUCAGUUGCUCUGUUCAAGUGAAUAAAGCAACUUGAUUUCAUGACUUGGUUUCUUCAAGAUCUUGAUUGAAGAAAAAAGAGAGUUUCAAGUUAUGUUCUUGGGUUUUGGUUUGGACAAGUCUCUGUAAAUUAUUGUUAGAUAGGUUUUGGAAAGGCAAGCUUGUAAGGCAAACACUCUUUCGAGGGUUUAAAACUUUUGUGUGUUAUGUAAUGUAAAUACAGUUUAUUUGGAUUUAUUUAUAAAGUGAACUAAUAAGAGAUGAAAUAUUUUAUUUCAUAAUUUGUUUGUGUUCUUUGAUUUCUU